AUGCCUGCUCGCGGGGUUCUCCGUCCGUUGCUCCUCGUUCUCCGUAAGCCAUCCUCCGGCCAGCACAAGCCCAAGACGAGUCUCUCUUCUCAUCCCCAACUCCCAGCCCCCUCUGCGUCCCUCCCACCCCCACCUGCAGCCUUUCGCCCCCCCCCAUCCGCACUUCCCUACCAGCCAAUUCUUGCCGUCCCCUCAUCCCAUCUUCCCCCCCCCGGCCCCCUUCCUUUCCUCUCUUUCCCCUCGUCCCCUUCAGUCCUCCGCAGCAGCCUUUCACUCCCCCCAUCCUCACUUCCCCACCCGCCAAUCCCCGCCCUCCCCUCCUUUCCCUCGAUCCCCCUUCCAUUCCUCUCUUCCCCCUCGUCCAUGCCAGUCCUCCGGCCAGCACAAGCCCAAGACGAGUCUCUCUCUCAGCCCCAACUCCCCCAGCCCCGCUUGUCCCUGCCAUCCCUUCUUUUCCCCUUUCCGCCCAAUCCCCCUGGUCCGCCCAUCCCCUCUUCCCCUCGUCCCUUUCAGUCCUCCGGCCAGCACAAGCCCAAGACGAGUCUCUCCUCUCAGCUCCAACUCCCCAAGCUCCCUCUGCCCCCCUCACUCUCCUUCCCAGACCCUUCUCUUGCCUUCCUCCCCUCUUCCCUCUCAGUGCUCCUGACAGCACAAGCCCAACAAGAGUCUCUUACCCAAUCGCAGCUUCUGCAGCAGCGGGUGCAGGAUGUUUUUGGGGCAGGGGCAGCAGGGAAUAGUGCAGAGGCAGAGCUUCACCUCAAUAUCGGUGCCCUCUAUUCCCCCCAUCUCGACUCCCUCAACUGCUCCAACGCCCCCACCUGCCCGGAUUUCUCGGGCAGGUGCUCUGUCAACCCGGAAAUUUCUGCGUGUUUCAACCCCGGGCUGGAGGACGACGGGAAGCAGUGGCUCCGGGCACCGGAAAACUGCCCGAAGGUGAAGAAUGUGGUGGAGAACGGUGCGGAGGGGUUCGAUUCAGUAGCAGUUGGUUCAAGCAAGCUCCCUCAACUUCCCCUCCCUUUUCGCCCCUCCCUCCUCCCGUCGUUUUCUACUCUUUGCCUCCCUCCUCACCCCCCCCCCCCCCCCCCCCCCCUCUCUCCUCCCUCUUCCUCCCUCCCGUCUGUCCUCCUCCUCCCUACUCCCUACCCCUUCUUCUCCUCCUCCCUACUCCCUACCCCUUCUUCUCCUCCUCCCUACUCCCUACCCCUUCUUCUCCUCCUCCCUACUCCCUACCCCUUCUUCUCCUCCUUCCACCAGUUCUCAUACCCUCAGUCCACCCCAUUCUCCUACCCCCAAUCUACCCCAGUGCGCCACAUGCACCGCGCUCUCUCCCUCGUGUAUCCGCAGGCCACGGGGUUCUAUCACGGGCUCAUAGAGUGGCUGCCUCAAUUUCUCCUGCUCGCUUCGCUGCUGCAGAAGCUUCCCAACAUAGCAGUGCUUGGCACGCCCGAACAGUGGGCAUUCUACGACCGAGUGCUCAAGCCACUGGUGGGCGUGGAGCUAGCGCAGAUUAAUCGAGUGGACGUCAAACCCAACGAGCUCAUCCUAGUCGACCAACUGUUCAUGCCUCUUUACCAGUGUUGCGGCAAGCCUUCACCAGCCAUCUGGCGAGACAUGAGGCUACGGGCCCUGCUCCCUCCACACGGCCUCCCCUUUUUCCACAAGCAUGGCUGGCAAUCCCGAGGGAUCCAGCCAAUCACGGAGACGCAGGCGGCGGCUGUUCUGCGCUCUGAUUGGCUCGUCGUUGUCGCACGCCGCCCGGGCAGCCGAAGAGUUUUGGACAAGUUUGAGGAGCUUUUGGAGGAGGUGAAGAAAGUUUUCGGGCAGGAGAAGGUUCGGACUUUCGACGGUUCGCUGCCGAUUCUUGAAGCACGGUCUCUCUUCCUGCAAGCCCGUCUCUUCAUAGCAGGGCAUGGGGCAGCGCUAGCGAACAUGGUCUUCAUGCCGCUCGGUGCUACAGUGCUUGAGAUCCGACCAGAUCGUUACGACAACGCGUUCCCCUUCCAAGGUCCGUCCUCGUCGUCCAUCCCUCACAAUCCCCUCGCAUCCCUUCCUUUCUCCUCCCCUGCUCAUUCUCUCCCCCCGCCGCCAGUCCCCUCCAGGCAUUCCGAUUCCAAUCCUCAUUCCAGGCCCAUCAAUCGUCCUCGUCGUCCGUCCCUCACUAUCCCCUCCUCGGACGAUUCAUUUCCGCCAAGACCGUCACCAGGCGGAGGACGCGCAGGAGGAGGAUACGGCGCCGCAGGAUACGGCGCAGGACACGGCGCCGGACACGGCGGAGGGUACGGCGGAGGAUACGGCGGCGCCAGUCUAGGCGAAUAUGGUUACCCAGGCAACAACGACGACAAUGUUCGCCACGACGCGAAUCUGCCCACCCCCGUGGAGUUUUCAUAUGAGGAGCUCGUAGCGGCUACAGAUGGUUUCAGUGCGGUGAACGUGCUGGGCGAGGGUGGUUACGGGAAGGUGUACCGCGGGGUGGUUCGUGAGGAGGCGCCAGAUGGCAGCACGGAGGAGCGCCACGUGGCGGUGAAGCAGUUGAAUGACGAGGGCCGGCAGGGGUUCAACGAAUGGCUGACGGAGGUGGUGUUUCUGCGGCGGCUGCGCCACCCACAUCUGGUGCAGUUCGUGGGGUACUGCACGGACCAGCAGCAAGCCCUGCUCGUAUACGAGCUCAUGGCCAAUGCGUCCCUGGACUACCACCUGUUCGACGGCUCUCGCCCCCCUCUCACAUGGCAGCAGCGGGUCAACGUGGCUCUGGGAGCGGCCAAGGGGCUGGCAUACCUGCAUGAGGGCACGGAGCGGCAGGUGAUCUUCAGAGAUCUCAAGGCGGCCAAUAUCCUGCUGGACGAGAACUUCAAUGCAAAGCUGUCAGACUUUGGGCUGGCUAAGGACGGACCAGCAGGGGAGAACACGCACGUGUCUACCAUGGUGGUCGGUACCUACGGCUACACUGCUCCUGAGUAUCUGCAGACAGGCCACCUGACAGCAAAGAGCGACGUCUACGCCUUCGGAGUGGUGCUGCUGGAGCUCCUCUGUGGCCGCAGAGCCGUGGACGUAGGCCGGCCAGGCGACGAGAAGAACCUCGUCUUUUGGGCCAAGCCGUUCCUGGCGGACAGGAAGAGGAUCGGGGAGAUCGUGGAUCCGAGGCUGCAAGGGCGGUUCUCGCACAAGGGAGCGCUGAAGCUCGCUGUUGCUGCGCACUGCUGCCUGCAGGACGCGAAAUCUCGGCCGUCGAUGGCCGACAUGGUGCAGACUUUGACGGCUCUGAUGGAGAUGGGCGAGGGUGCGGGUGGUGGUAGUGGUCGUGGUGAAGCGAGGAAUGGAACAGAAACUCCAGAUUAG